AGCAUUCAUGCGCGAUCCAUCAAUCCAUCAAUAUGGAUCGCGAUCCAAAUAUCGUGAUAAUUACUGACCGUGGGACAGAGCCCUUUGAGUAAGCGUAUUACGGGUGAUGGCAGCCAUGUACUUAAUAAAAGCAAUUAGUAGAGAUGGGUUUAGACCUGGGUAUUUACCCAACGCUGGGUAUUUACCCAUUUAUACCCAAUUUCAUACCCGGGUAUUUAUGUAAUUUUGGGUAAAUACUCAUUUGAAUAACAAAUACUCGUUGUUACGUAGAGAAACAGAGAUGUGAACAUUUUCGAAUUUAUUUUGAACAUAUUUUCUUUAAGUGUAUUUUGUUUAUACAUUUCUUGAUUCGUUUUGCUCAGAUAAGGCAGUUUUGACUGCAUCAAACACAACAACAAUUCUUAAUAAGAACCGCUAAUCAGCGUGCUUAUGGCAAUUCAAUGUAAUGAGAGGGAGCGAUGGCAACAACAAUGCUGAAGCAAAAGAAGAAGAAAAAGAAUUUGGUUCAUUUGUUAUAUUUGUUCCCAGCGAUUAGUAAACGAAAUAAAGUGCGCGUGUUGAUAAUUAUAUUUUAAAUGAUGGGAAGACCGAAAAAUGAAACUAUUUGGAAACAUUUUCAUAGAAGCGAAAGUAGCAAUGAAGUUUCAUGCUCACAUUGCGAACAGCGGUACAAAUUUGCAAAUAUAAAUAAAAUGGCAAAACAUUUAAUAAAGUGCAUCAAGUGUCCAUUAUUAAUAAAGCAAGGAGUUCAAGACAUGCUUGCAACCAAUGUGACAAUAAGCAAGAUACAGAAAGCAAAAGAUGCUCCGCCUUCAUCUGAUUUACAUAUGCAUCUUCCUUCAUAUUCAGCACAAUACAACUUAGCUAAGGCUAUAUUUGUAACCGGCGCUCCUUUGACUAUGGUGGAGCAUCCAUUGUGGAAGGAUU